AAAAAAAAAAAAAAAAAAAAACGUAUUUAUUAAGAUUUUACUUUUUGUUAUUGGAUUAAAACCCGCCAAAAUUGUGGAGGCAAUUAAAAUGAAGACUGAGCUGCGCACCUGCGCAGCGUGUGGGGAGCCGAUCUCGGAUAGAUUCUAUCUCGAAGUUGGUGGUUGUUCAUGGCAUAUUAAUUGUCUUCGAUGUUGUAUGUGUAUGUGCCCCUUAGAUCGUCAACAAUCAUGUUUUAUACGGGAACGGAAGGUCUAUUGUAAAGUAGAUUACAGCAAGAGUUUUGGGGCGAAAUGUUCGAAAUGUUGUCGAGGAAUUUCAGCCUCUGAUUGGGUACGUCGUGCUCGUGACUUGGUUUUUCAUUUAGCUUGUUUUGCUUGCGAUCAGUGCGGACGUCAAUUAUCAACCGGCGAACAAUUUGCGCUUAUGGAAGACAGGGUCUUAUGUAAAGCGCAUUAUUUGGAAACCGUAGAAGGAGGCACAACAUCGAGCGAUGACGGCUGUGAUGGCGAUGGUUAUCAUAAAAGUAAAACGAAACGCGUUCGUACAACUUUUACGGAGGAGCAAUUACAAGUGUUACAAGCCAAUUUUCAAAUUGACAGUAAUCCGGAUGGUCAAGACUUAGAGCGUAUUGCUUCCGUAACAGGACUCAGUAAACGUGUAACGCAAGUUUGGUUUCAAAACUCUCGAGCACGACAGAAAAAACAUAUACACGCUGGUAAGAAUAAAAUCCGCGAACCUGAAGGAAGCUCUUUUGCCCGCCACAUUAAUUUACAAUUAACGUAUUCGUUCCAGAAUAACGCUCAGAAUGCCAUGCAAUUAAAUGGCACUAAAACGACCCUGUACCCAUCACAUGAAUCAUCUAUGGAUGAAUUGUCGCAAGACUCUAGUGUGCAUUGUAUGCAAAGUGAGGUGUGACUGAAAACUUUAAAACCCCAUUAGGAGAAAUUCAUUCGCACGGUGCAACCAAUAAUUUUUAUGAUAAUGCUAGAAAUACAGAAAUACGUCCUCAUCCUAGUCAAAAUUGUAAAAUCGUCCAUUUGAAUAUAAAAAAACAAAAACAAAAAAAAAAAAAACAAAAAAAAGAAAAGAAAAAACAUUCAAUUAAUAUAGAAAUAAUCGCAACAUUUGUAUGAUAAAGUGAACUGCUCUUAACGUUAGCUUAAGUUGAACAUUAACAACUUCCAGUGCAAAAAAAAAAAAAAAAAAAAAGAAAAAGGAAAAC